AUGACCGAAGAAAACACUUUUGUGAAACCAGACAGCUCAAAAUGGAAACUGUCAGAUCUUGAGAUGGGUGACACGUUAGGGACAGGUUCCUUUGGUCGUGUUCGUAUCGCGAAAUUGAAAGGAACAAAUGAUUACUACGCAGUAAAGUGUCUAAAGAAGCGGGAAAUUCUAAAGAUGAAGCAAGUACAACAUAUCAAUCAAGAAAAACAGAUUCUUAUGGAGCUGUCACAUCCUUUCAUUGUGAACAUGCUCUGUUCAUUUCAGGAUGAACGACGUGUUUACCUUGUGCUUGAAUUUGUGAUAGGUGGGGAGAUGUUCACACACCUUCGUUCUGCCGGACGUUUCCCAAAUGAUGUGGCAAAAUUUUACCACGCGGAACUUGUGCUUGCCUUUGAAUAUUUACACUCUAAAGAUAUUAUAUACCGUGACCUGAAGCCGGAGAACCUGCUGUUGGAUGGAAAGGGCCAUGUGAAGGUGACGGACUUUGGAUUUGCAAAGAAGGUGCCUGAGCGCACUUUCACACUCUGCGGCACACCCGAAUAUCUUGCGCCGGAGGUGAUCCAGAGUAAGGGACACGGCAAGGCUGUGGACUGGUGGACAAUGGGCAUUCUGCUGUUUGAAUUUAUCGCCGGGUAUCCGCCAUUCUACGACGACACUCCGUUCCGAACAUACGAGAAGAUUCUCUCGGGACGCUUCAAGUUUCCAAAUUGGUUUGAUGCCCGUGCACGUGAUCUUGUUAAGGGAUUACUGCAAACGGACCACACAAAGCGAUUGGGCACGCUAAAGAGUGGUGUAGCGGAAGUGAAGAACCAUCCCUACUUUCAUGGGGCAAACUGGGAAAAGCUCUAUGCACGUCAUUAUCCCGCACCUAUUCGCGUAAAGGCGAAGAAUCCCGGCGACACAAGUAACUUUGAGCGAUACCCUGAGAGCCAGGAGAAUCGUGCACCUCCAUUAACUGCAGCACAGCAGGCUGAAUUCCGUGGAUUUUAG